AUGAUACACGUAGUGGUGGCUGGUAUGGUCAAUGCAGGCAAGACGUCGCUGGCCAAGGCUGUGCUCAAUAUCAAACCAGGCGAUACACGGGCUGUAGCUCAGUCACUGGUGGUAGGCUAUGGUAACAUGGCAGAGAAGCCUACAGGCGCGGUCAGAGUGGAAGGGGACCAGAGCGUGGUGUUGUAUGAUCUCAGAGGGGAAGACAUGAUGCACGGCCGGUGGACCCAGGGAGCCCCAGAGGAGAUGGACAUUGGAUUGUUUGUAGUAGAGGGCAGUGCCAAUUCAAACAACCUGCAGCUCUAUAGAGAGCUACAGCGACGGUGUAAACAGGUUGUGCGGAUGGCUGAUAAUGUUUGUGGGAUUACUUGUAGCGGCGCAUGCCGGGUAAACUGCAUAGCGGACCGCGUGUCUAUACUAAACGAAGGCAGUACGUUGAUCGUGGACAAGCUGCGACCAGAAGCCAGGGACAGGCUCAUCGGCCAGUGGAAGGAGCAGCUUGGGGUGGACCAUAUAUAUACCACUAGUAUCAGGGGAUACGAUGAAAUGAAAGAGGAAGUGCACUUUGUUGAUGGAGUGGAAGAAUUACUCCAAGCAAUGGGUCUUUAUUUAGAAUCCAAUGGAAAGGACAUACUGCUGGCAAGGUAUCAGAAGGAAAAGGGCCGUGCCGCAACCAAUGUCAUAGUGAAGGCUGUAAGUAAAGUGAUGCUGGGUGACGCCGUGCACACAGUAGAACAACAGGCAGCCGAGCGACUGCACUACAUAUACACGGGGAGCUGGGAUAUACGAGUCUUGCCCCCAGAAAUACACCCAGUGGUAGGGCUAUCGUCCCGUUUGGUGUCUCUACUGCCUGUGGUGGGUAAGGUGUCUGACCAACUAGUCGGUGCAAGUACCAUGUGUUUGCAGCUGUUGGCGUUGGCUCAUGGCCUGAGGAAGUUCGACGGCGCUCCUGAAACUCCCACUGAGGAUGCGCAAUCGGCGGCAAAUACUUUCGCCACAACCGUCAACUAUGACACCGUACGGAGCCUAUUCGAAAACGUAACCGCGAAGGUAUAUGACCAUGGUGGAGCAGUUUACGAGGCAGGAGAGGAGUACUUUUUUGACAACAUUGGUUCGCUGCUUGCGAAUGGGAUCACAAAACCAAGGCAGCGGCGGAAUUAA